AUGUCUCUUCAGCGCGAGAGUACCCCUAUCCCUGAUGCACCGGAAACCACCACGGCGUCUCUUCUCGAAGGCGACUACUCCAUUGAAAAUUUCCCCCCCGCUAUUUUAAAUCUGGUCAUCCAGGAUGCUCAAAUCCACGCUGAUGUCGUAAACGCUGGGCAUGUGGUGGGCACACAGCUGCAAACAGAAGACCAGGGUCUAAUGAAAAACCAUUGGUACUGGCGCGGAAAGCUCUCGGUUGGAGGCGUGCUUGGCCAAGUCCAACUGGGCUUUAACUUCCAGAGUUUUGCUUCGAAUCAAGGUCAAUACGGAGGCAGCAGCCGCGUCGGCCAUUCCGACUCCGACCAUGCCCCCAGCGUCAGUGGUGGUGGCAGCGUCUACAGCGACUUUGGGAGCCAAGGGAAGCCGCCCCUUGUUGAGGAAGGUGUCGAGGUCGCCAUGGCCAUAUGUGGCAUUGAAAGUGAGGAGACGAGGGUCGGCAGUGACAAAGACGACCUAUCCCCGGAAACGGUUGCCCUGAUUGAUGACUGGAUCAUCAAUCAACCGUCUGAGGGCGCACCUGCCCUUGGCAUUUUUGAGAUAAGGCUCCGCCCUCGCACGGAUGCAUCAUACAGCACCUGCCACUCCUUCUCCUUCAACCUCAAGGCUGGCACUACCGUUGGCGACCUCAUCCACUCCAUCAGAUCACGUCCCAUGCAGCCCUUCCUGUUCCGCAAGAUUAAUGGCGCCUUCUUCGGCUGCCGAGAUGGAAUGUUUCAGGUGGCAUCCGCUUGGAUGGAUGAGGGGUGGAUGGUGGACCCCCCUAUAUGCCUGGAGAGUCCAUUCCAACACCUUUUCUACCUACUUGGGUGGCGUUACUCGAAGCUUACCAUGGACCCGAACCCAAACACCAGCAACGGCAUCGACGACAAUGAUGGCCCGGCACAGUCAUGGACCUUGCAACGCGCGCAAGGUGACUCCAUCAGAGCCACAUUCAACCCCAUUGACCGUGCCAUAUGGCCCAAUGGAUUCGUGCACCGCCCCCACCCUCUGCUUCAGUACAACACCGUCCGAUAUGUCUGUACGACGACGUUGCCACUCAGGAAUAUCACGUAUAUAAGGGAGGAAUUCUUAGACUUUCCUCCCUCAGAACUCUUAUUCGAGUCUGAAUCUAACGCGACAUAG